GAUUUUAUUAGGUCAAUUUUUGAAUAUUGAUUUGUGUUCUUACGUCAUUUUAGUAUUAUCGUUCUAUUACUUUUUAAUGAUAUAUACACAACAAUUUUAGAUCAAAUUUAGUUCAAUAUUUUAUUUUGAGAAUUGAUAUGCAAAAUUGUUUCGUCAAUUCGGGCCUUUACUAAUUUAAAAUUAACUAAACUGUGACUUAUUUCUUCUGAUAUUUCGUUUGAAAUUGAAUAGAGUUCACUAAAGACAAUGCCAGAAUUUUGACUUAUUAUUAGAUUUUUUCGACUUUUUGCACCAUAAAUGUGCCAUUAUCUAUCUAUCGUAAUUUUGAUAUUGUCCCGAAGUAUUUACUCUUUUGACAGCUUUUUAAUGACGUAAUUGCUUUUUAUAUUGACGAAUUUAAUUUCUGUAUAUUCACCUUUGAUGAAAAUUGGGAAGAUAGCCGGAAAAUAGCAAUUUUGGGCGUUUUCAUGUUGACACUAUAUAAACUUUUUAAAUCAAACUGUAGAAAGUCUACUUCAAAUAUAAUUGCUUCGGCUUUCUCAGUCCCAACUUCAAGGUACAAAUAUCCUUGGAUAUUAUAUUACGCCCUUUGGAAAAGCAAUAGUCAACAAGUAAACGUAACCAGUAUGAAAUAACCUGACGACACUUUUAUUGUUCAUUUUCCAGUUGUUUCUUCUCAAAACUUGAUGGAAAAAAGAGGACAAGCCAGAAGUUUCUAAGUAGCAAAUAUAAAUUCUUGUUAGAGAAGGGAUGCAACGAUUAUUAUUUCUUCUUUUUAGAGUAAGAAUAAUGUAUCGACAUUUGUUGACACUUUUCUUUUUCUCACACGUACCUUUAAAGGUGGCAUGUGAGAUACUUAGAGGAAGUGGUACGUUCCGUCUCAAUGGGAUAUUUCCAAUCAAAUACGGCAAGAGAAUUAAUUAUCAGUCUGGAAUUAUGAUGGCAGAAGCAAUGAGAUAUGCAGUGGAAAAAAUUAAUAACGAAACCGACUUUUUAUCUGGUUACAAACUAGGUAUUUACAGAGUCAUAGAUAUGGGCAUGAGACGCAAAAUACGAAUGUCUGUUUUGUCGACGUUUAUGGGACACAUUCCAUUCCUAAUUGGCCCGCAUACGUCCGAAACAUCAUAUAUAACAAGCAUACUUACUGGCACUUUCCGCCAAGUUGUGGUGAGCUAUGGCGCCACAUAUAGCGACUUCGAUAAAACCGGUACAGCAUAUGGUCACAUGGUACGAACAGUGCCUUCUGAUAGAUUCAGAAUACAAGUUGUCCUUGAUGUGAUUGGCUCCUUGAAAUGGAAUUAUAUAGCUCUUAUUAAUUCUUAUGGUUACGACGGCGAAAGAGAAGCGCGCAAUUUUAUUUCGAAAUUAUCAACAAUUAAUGUUUGUUUAGCUGAACUAAUAGAUUUACCAAGUGAACCAAAACUAAAACAUUAUAUGGACGCAAUCUUGAGCCUGAAUUUGGAUCAGCGAUUAAAAGCGGUUGUAUUGUUCACGACGAUCGAUGAUUCUCGAUUUUUACUUGAAACAAUUCUAAAGUUGAAAUUAGGUGGCAGGUUUUAUCUGCUGUGUGCUUACGGUUGCACAAAUUAUAUCGAAGUCGUGAAAGGUUACGAAGAGACAGCCCUGGGUACCCUAAGCAUUGACCUACACCACCCAGAGAAUGUUGAGUUUAAAAAAUAUUUCCUAUCUCAAAACCCAUGGAACAAUCCUCAGCGGUACUUUAAAUUAUUUUGGGAGAAUCUUUUCAAUUGCACUUUAAAUAAUAAAAUUAAAAGUCGCAAACGCUUUUGCAGCAGAAGUAGUAAAUUGGGAGUUGGCCAUGGUUAUUAUCCCAUUACCCCUGUUCACACUGUCAUAGAUGCUGUCAAUUCAGUAGGUAAAGCUGUGAGAAGUUUGUUACAGUUGUUUUGUCGGCAGGAAAAUAAAAGAAGCGUGGAAAACAAAACCUGGUGCAACAUUAAUGCUACCAAACGAGAUAUAUACUCCUACACAGUGUUUACUAUCUUAAAACAAAUGGCUUAUAUAGAUGGCACUAUAAACACAAAAAAGUCUCAAUACGUGCAAUAUGAUGUACAUAGCUUCAACUAUGUAAAUGGUGCAUAUAAAAACAUUUUAAUUGGAACAUGGAAAAUCAAAAGAAAUACUAUGCUUGAAUACGCCCAAGAUGUAUUAAGGAAGAGAAUGGCCAACUUUACCAUGUUCGAUAAGGCAGUGUCUGUAAGAAACGGGACAGAAACUCAGCCAUUGGCGAUAUGCAGUGUUCCGUGUCCUAUUACGCAUAUACGGGUCAAAGAUGCAAACCCACUAAAAGCAAGAUGUUGCUGGACGUGCAAAAUAUGUCCCGUAAAUAGUAUAUCCUUAAAUGACACGUGCAAAUCUUGUCAAAAAACGGAAAUGGCUGAUCAUACAAGAAAAAAGUGCAUUUUACUGCCAGAACAUUUCAUUAACGCAAAGAGUCCGCUUUCAUUACUGUUUUUAUUACUAACAACAGCUGGCUUAUGUUUGACAGUUGUAAUCGUUGUUUUGUUUGUCAGAUUUAAUAACCAUUAUGUUAUCCGAUCCUCGGGACGAGAUCUCUGUUAUAUGAUAUUGUUAGGCAUUGGGUUGACUUUUGCAUGCCCGUUGACAUAUUUAACAAAACCUACUGUUGCUUCUUGCACCUUUAGAGGGACUUUACCUGGUUUAGCCUUUCUAAAAUGUUAUGCUCCGUUGUUUUUAAAAACCAAUCGGAUUUAUCGGAUUUUUCGGAAUGCCAAAACUUCAAUAUCCCGACCAUCUUUAAUAAGUCCACAAUCACAGCUUUUCCUCUUACUUGGAAUUGUUUUCAUACAAUUGUUACUGGCAGGAGUGUGGUUCGCGUCAAAAAUGCCGGCACCGAGUCAAGUUGUUUCUGAUAAAUCGCUUAUUACACUUCAUUGCAAAGGAGAUACUAGUUCAAUAUUACUACUACUUAAUCUUGCACUUAGUGUCAUAUUUAUGAUAGCAUGCACCAUACUGGCUUUUAAAACAAGACAUUUUCCAAAGAAUUACAACGAGGCGAAAUUUAUCGGCAUAACUUUGUAUAUAACUUGCGUAACAUGGUCUAUAUUUCUGCCAACGUACUUCCUAGCAACAGGACAAGAAGAAGCCUUCAUAAAAGAAUAUUUAAUGUGCGGAGUAUGUAUCGUCAACGGGUAUGUAACGCUGGUCGGACUUUUUGGUCAAAAGAUCAAGAUUUUAUUUUCUCCGACGUUACCUGAAUUGAACACGAAGCCUCAAAUGCUAUCCUUAAGUUAUUCAAAACAUUUACACAUAGAAAGAGAAAUCAGUUCUGCACAAGAUUAUAAAAUUGACGAAAAUAUGUUGACUCCUCCGUUGAGAAAAUCAACAACGAUUAUGACAAACGGGAACACGGGUCAACUGAAAAUCGCAAACUCAUAGUAUGUCAUGUACCAAACUCAGAUACGCCAUCAAAACCCAGAGAUCUGUUACUUCGAAUUUCAAACCUCAAACAUUCAUUUAUCUUGAGUUUUUGAUUGAGAAAAUAAAAUAAACUACAAACAGUACGUAAACAGACUGUGGCAAACUAUACACUCAACAUAUGAAGCAAUAGAGAACAUUUGUGUGAAAUAUAAGAACUAUCUUAUUUAAAAUAAUUUAAAAUAAGAUCUUUUCGUCUGUACAGUCUAGUUCCGAAACGUUCAUAAAAAACGGUAA